AUGGCAGAUACUACUUUACAGAGCACUCAAGAAAUUACAGAUAUAGACGAAAAUAACUUACAGCCGUGCAAAAAAUGUAACUUACCGAUUUAUGAAGGACAUGCGUAUGAGUUAGGUGAUGAUAGGUGGCAUAUAAAUUGUUUCAAAUGUUCAAAGUGUAAUUCAUCAUUGGGAUGUAAUUCUAACUUUUUGGUGUUGGGAAACGGAAAUUUGAUUUGCUCGAACUGCUCAUACAACUGUAAACAGUGUGGCAAGAAAAUUGAUGAUUUAGCCAUUCUCACUGGUGAUCAAGCAUAUUGUUCGUCAUGUUUCAAGUGUCGCUCAUGUAAGUUGAAAAUUGAAGACUUGAGAUAUGCUAGGACAUCAAAAGGAUUAUUCUGUAUGAGCUGUCAUGAGAAAUUGAUUGCAAAGAAGAAAAAAUAUGAUUUAAAAAGGAAACAGAUUGCACAACUACAACAACAAAAGGAAAAUGAAGAAAGAGAGGUCAGUGAAUACCUGCAGACACCACCACAAGCAUAUGACGUACUUCGUCACCUUCAGGAGCGUUCAAACUCUUCUACGUCUGUUUUAAGUAACACAACGAGCGCGAGAGAUAGUAUUGACAAUGCUAGUGAUGUUUUCACCCAACCAAAUAAGUCGAAUUCGAGUAUAUCUACGAAAGAUAAAGUUUUGCCUCCACCACCAAGUAAUCCACCAAGUCAACCUAGUUUAUUUGCGAGAGAGUCUUUUAAUUCUACAAAAACAGAUGGUUCCCUUACCUCAACAAUCACUUCGAGAUUUUCAACGCCAACAAGCGAGUACGCUAAUGCAAUUUCUAAUCCUAAUGGUAUUGAUAAUGAUUAUUCUAUUGAAGAAGUUAAUGACAGUGAUGAUGAACUUAAAAAAAAUAAUACAAAAGGACAAUUGCGUCCUCAUAAGGAUCAAAAUGAGCAGAUAAGUACGCCGCCAACAUCAUCAGCAAACGAAAGUCUGUCACCCGUUAAAAAUAUGACUAAUGGCAUUAGACUUGAUAUUAUCGACUCCUCUGAGCCAUCAACCCCAAGACAUAAUCAAUUGGAACCAGCGGCAACGUUUACUCCACAAUCUAAAGAUAAACCUACGAACGGUGAAUAUAGAGCAAAUUCCCCUAUUUCAAUGUCAAGGUCCAAUUUCAAAGGGAAAAACCUUCUUAUUUUAUCUCCAAACCACAAUGGUGAAGAUUUCUUUAAUCCAUCUAAAGAAAGCCAUUCGUCAAUUGGCUCCCCUACUUACGAUAUGAUGUCAGAAUAUGAUGACAGUCGACCAACACUUGCGGCUCCAAUUGAUGAGACGAAGGUGAGAUCUGGCUGUCCUUCACCUUUCGCUAAGGCAAAUAGACAAGCAAGAGUUGUUGAAACGAAUGAUUAUAGUCAAGACAAUUCAGGAAUAUUUUUGGAUAAUGAGGAUAAUAGAGAAGAUGGAUAUGAUAUAAUUAGGACACCUAAGAAGUUGGGCUUAUCGUCGUCAACGACGAAUACCACUUCACCACCUCCAAAGUUACCUUUGCCUGUGAUACCAUCAAGCCCGGUCAAACAAGAAGUACAUGAAACUCCAACAAUUCUGGAGACUGCUAAAUUUAAUAAUAAGCUAGAAUCUACUCCGAAGGGGUUAGGAUUAGCUGGUGUAGAUUAUGAUGAAUCCAAAGAUGAAAUUAGGUAUUUUAAGCAGAAUAAUGAAAAUCAAAGCGAAAAACCGAUCCCUCUCGUACAAUCACAAUCCCAGACUCCUAAUCAAAAAUCACCGGCGACUCCAGCUGUAACAAACCUUGAAACACCAACAAUUGUGGAUAAAGAAACUCCGGAGAGUAAACAAGAAUUAUCUAGAAAAUCAUCGUUGAUAAGGACACCAAAGCUUAGUUUGAAACAUAAAAGAUCUAUUUCAGGUGGUGGUGGUGGUGGCAUCUCUCAAAAGUUUGGGUUUUUUAAAUCUAACAAUAAAGAUGAUCCAAUUUCAAACCCUGAGAAGCCACGUCAUGGGUCUGUAGGAUCUAUCUCAAAUGGAGGAUCAGCAUUCGUUACACCCCCUUUACCUCGAACUUCGCUGACAAACCAUCAAUUCCAGACAAAUAAUGGGUUCAUUCGAGAACACAACAGAUCCACGUCAGACACUCCGUUUACUUCUAUUACGGAUAACAGAUAUAAUACCGAUUUAGCGAAAAAUGAUUCAGACAUGAGAUCUUUGAAAUCAGAAGUUUACCAAUUAGAUUCUCAAAGGCAGAUGUUGUUUAAUGAAAAUAGAGCUCUAAAAAACGAAUGA